AAUACUUUGUUAAUUGGAGUUAUAAUAUUUGUUAUUAUACAAAGUUUCAGAUCUUUCCGUAAAAUAGAUACUAGAUUGAUAUUGUAAAAAUGAAGACCUUAUCGAUCUGUUUGUUGGUAGGAACUGUUGUUCUUCAAGUGAACAAUACACAAGGUGCAAAUAAUAAUUUGAUAGUACCUCGAAAUUGUGCCAACAAAGCAAUGUGUUUUGAAAAUCCGUCGAGCUACGAGAAUUAUCCGCAGAAAGCUAUCGACGCAUACUUGAAACAUAGCCCUUUGCCAAACAGCCCGGACUUUGAAGAAGAUGAGAUGGAUAAGUUAAAUCAUGAAAGAGAAGAUGAAAUAAACUGCAGUACUGAAGUUCAAAUGUUGAGACCUUUUUCAGUUAAAGGAGAAAAUAAUCGAUGGUACCCUGUUGUCCAAUCAAAGUUCUUCACGCAAAGAAUCAGACAUGUAACUUGCAAAAACCAAGGAGGCCAGUGCAUGAGAAAUAUAUUCCUACAGGAAGACCGCUUCCAAGCAACAUGUGAGACGCAAGUUGGCGAAAUAGACGUGUACGUUUUCGACGAGGUCUCCGAAAAAGUCAAACUCUUGCCAGUACCAGUCAGUACGUGUUGCAAGUGUACCAUCAGGGAUAAGACCAAAGAUUAAGAGCAAAUCUCCGAUCAACUAUAUUAUGGUCAUCGAAAUAUCAAUAUACCCAUUUUAUAGCAAAUUAGCGUUUAUUACCGCGUAAUACAGUUCCAUACAGGGUCACUGAUAUGCGGUUGACUGUACCAAAACAAAACAGUCUUAGAAGUAACGACAGUAAAUACUUUUGUUUGUUUAUACAUAAAAUAAAUUUGUGAUUUAUAUAUCCCAUUGUUAUAAUAAUGC